CUCGAAUCUUCAAAUUUUCCUUCAUGAACUGCAUCGUCGUUCCGCAUUUGAUGCGGGCAGUAACUUGACACGAGCAUGUGAUUUCACGGUUUCCAACCUCGCCUUACCAACUUCAACACUCGAGUGCCUUGGUAGCGGUUCCCAAGCGGUUGAAGAAGCAUCACACUAUAGCUAUAAAAGGUAAGCUCCUAUGUCUUCCACAUACUCAUUCCUUUGCGCACCAUGUUCUUCGAGGAUAAGGAGUCCGGCUCCAGUUGGUCCUAAAUUCCUAUUGUUUAAUUUCUAACGGGUUGAGACCCAAUUCUAUCUCCCAGCUGAUCUUGCCUAUCACGACUUGUUUCAUUCUAUCAACAUGCACCUUAAUUAGUGCCAGGUCAGUUAUGAUUGUGUGAUCCAACCAUCGUGUUCAUCAUUAAUCAGCUCUCAUGAAAUCACCAAAUGAUGAAGUUUAAUUCAAACUACAAGAUCUAAUUUAUGUAAAUAAUAUAUUUGGGCCGUAGCCUAAGGCAGUUUUUUAAUUGGAAAAGCGGAUCCCUUUUAGGAUAAGUACAAGAAGUAUUUAUAGAAAUAGAGCUACAGUAGCCUAAGGCGAUAUGCUGAUACAUUUAAUAGUCUAAUCAUGAUGGAACCCUUCUAACGUCAUGUCCAUGAUUCCAUCACUAUUCAAUAUUAUUAUUGUCUUUAAGCAGUUGAACGUGUCACAUAUUAAAAAAUAACACAUUCACUUAAAAAUAACUUAAAUAAAUAUAGGAUAGGUAUAAUGAAAUCAAUAGCGGUCUCUAACUAGAAAGAAAAAUUCACCAAAUAACAUGGAUAUAAAGUCAUUUAAUAUCUCUGAGGUGAUGUGUGCUUCCAGUCAUUUUUAUCAUUUGAAAGAAAUUAUUUCAACAUAACUUUCGGUAUAACGAUAUACAUGUAUACCUUUUAUUGUCAAAACAUAUAUUUUGAUAUCAUACCGAAGUAAUUCGGUACGGUACCAUAUCGUACAAAAAAAAUUGAUAUAUAUAUUAAUUUUCUGUAAAUUUGAUAUUUUUUAUAUGAUAAAUGCUAAAAUUUUUGUAUUUCGCAUUUAUGAUAUAUAAUUAAGAGGCCGUUUGGCAACACUGAAAUUGGCUGAAUCAGCUGAUUCUACUGAAAUUUAUGAAGUUCUUGCUGAAGUGGCAGUAUUGGAUGAUUCUGCUGAUUUAUGGAAAAAAUUAUAUUUAAAAUAUUUUUAUUAAGAAAAUAAAGAAAAAUGAUACGAAAAAUAGCUUAAUCAGUCGUCUAGAGUGACUUCAGCUAAUAUAGACCGAAAAUAACUUUAAUCAUACGUUUUGCUAUUAUUAUUACAUAUUGGGAAAACAGUCAAAUAGGUCCUCAAACUUUCAUAAAAAGGUCAAUUAAGUCCUUCUAUAGGAGGUUCUGUCCGGCCGUCGCGAUUUGGGGAAGUUCGCGGUGGAAUUUUUUGAUAAAAUUUUUUGAGCAUCUUAUUCACCAAGUCUAGUUUACUCAUACCAAAUUUCAGCUAAAAAUUCAAUCAGGAACACAUUCAAAUUAAUUCUUGAAGAUAACUGCGCAUUUUUGUGUUCUCGAAUUAAUUUGAAUGCGCUCCCGAUUAAAUGUUUAGCUGAAAUUUGGAAUGAGUAAACUAGACUUGAUGAAUAAGAUGCUCAAAAAAAUUCAUCAAAAAAUUCCACCGAGAACCGUCCCAAAUCGCGACGACCGGACAGAGUCUCCUAUAGAAGGACUUAAUUGACUUUUUAUAAAAGUUCGAGGACCUAUUUGACAGUUUUUCCCUUACAUAAUUCAACAUGUGAAAUCAAAAUUUGUAUGUUUGGUGAUGACCGAUAAUUCUAAUAAGCCCAAAAUCAAGAUUAUUAAUUAAACGGGUUCUAAGAAUUUAAGUUUGGAAUUUUGGGUGUAUGAACUAUGAAGCCACACCGUACCACUGAUCGAAAACGCCAUAUCUGGCACAUCAAUUGAUCAAUGUAUUUGACAUGCCAACAACGUUCAAUAAUAUUUCGGAGUGAAGUGCUAGUAUAAUACUCCGUAUUACGUAUACACUUUCCCUCUUAAAAAGAGUUUAUCAGAUUGCAUUCGGUGAUCCAAGGGGUCCAAUCUUUUUGGCUCCAAGUCUUCCCGGUUCCCCAAACGAUUUUGGAUACGAUAGUUUCCAUAUGCAGGAUUUUCUUAUGGGGUGGCAAGUACGUCAAAGUGGCUUGGGAUGACAUUUGUCUCCCUAAAGAGGAAGGAGGACUUGGCAUUCAUAAUGCUAAGGUUUGGAACAACGCUCUCCUUUCUCGCACACUUUGGGACCCACAUAAGAAGGAUACCCUUUGAGUUAGGUGGGUUAAUGGCGUUUACCUUAAGGGUAAAAGUGUGUGGGAAUUCGUCCCACACGGCCGUGACUCGCAAUUCUUGAAGAGGUUAUACCAAAUACGUAAUAAAAUACGUGAGUGUUUUAAUAAUUUGAAUGAAACCAUUAUGGGCCUUAACGCUAGAUCCAUUAAUGGCAAACUGAUUUCGGCCAAGAUCUAUGAGCUUUUGAGAGUUAAGGGGACUGUUAGGACCCCAAUGAGCUUCAUUUGGAAAUCCUACAUUCCACCUAAAAUCUCUUUUAAUGUUUGGUUGGCACUACGAAAUAGACUACCCACUCAGGAUAGCCUCGGGUACCUCCAUAUUGUGAAUCGUUGUGACCUAUGCAAAGGUGGAUUUGAAACAAUUCUACACCUAUUUUUUGUUUGCCCAUUCAUGUGUAGGGUGUGGGAGAGGAUCAAAAGUUGGAUGGGAUUUGGGCAUCAAAUGAAUACAUUGCUUAGUGUGAUCAAGUGGAUUUCGAAGAGCCGCAAAGGAGAAAACUUGAAGGCAAAGGCAGCCCGGUUAGCCUUCUGUGCCGCGGCAUACUAUAUAUGGCAUGCGAGGAACUCUGUUAGAUUUGAUGAAGGAAAAAAUUCGGAAGAUGAUGUUGUUGCAAAGGUCAAGCAUAUGGUUUACAAGAUACUCUAUAGUAUCUACCCAUAUGAGAUGAUCAACCUGUGAGAAGAUUCAUGUUGUUUUGAAUGCCACGACAUUAGACAGCUUGUAUUCGAGUGCGUGCACUUUGUAGCAUUGGUCAUAGACUUAGAUUUUUUUGGGCUGCAUGUAUUGGCUAUUUUGGAUUUAGACUAGACUAAAAGCCUCUCGUAACCCUCUCCUUUUCUCACGAAAUAGGAGGGGGUGAGGGUUUUAGACUUUAGAUUUUUGGACACAUUGUACUUGUUAAAUUUUGUUUGGGUGUAUAUUUACAUUUCAUCCAAAAAAAAAAAAAAAAGAAUAACAAUCAAUUUUGAUCAAUAUUGUU